ACGUAACAACAUGGCAACGUGUGCUGAAGAGUUUUUUACGAGUCAAGAGUUCAGAAGUGAAAUAGCUUCAUUAGCUACUUUUAGGAUCUUCGGUUUUUAGAAUAUUAUGAUUUUAUCGAAUAUAUUAAACUUUCAUAGACACAGAAAACGUCGUGUAGGAUAUCUAGUUAGCUAACAACCAUGUUUCAGGAGGGUGUCAGCUAACCUAGCUAACUUAUUAGUAGAUUAGCUAAGGAGCCAGCUAGGUAGCUAACGCUAGCUACAGUAGAAACUAUCCGGCAGUCAAAUGUCGAAACAGUGUACAAAUAUUUGUAACCAUGCUAAGUUUUCUUACAGCCCGGCAAACGGGUGUGCACGACCCCGACCGCUUACGACGAGCGGAGUCAACAAGAAGGGCGCUGAGCUUGGAGUUAAAUCACGAUAGAGAUGUGGAGCGGAUUCACGGGAAUGGAGUCAACAGCAUUGACAUUGAAGUUAUUGAAAGGAGAUAUAUGUUGUCAGGCGGUUCCGACGGAGUAAUUGUGAUCUAUGACCUGGAAAACACCAGCAAGAAAUCGCAUUACACUUGCAAAGCAGUGUGCACCGUAGGCAGGUCAAGCCAUUAUGUGCACAAGUUCAGUGUGGAGACAGUACAGUGGUAUCCUUAUGACACUGGCAUGUUCUUAUCCAGCUCAUUUGACAAAACCAUGAAAGUAUGGGACACAGAAACACUAAAGCCUGCUGAAGUGUUCCAGUUUGAAGGGAAUGUCUACUGCCAUCAUAUGUCUCCUAUUGCCAGGAAACACAGUCUCAUAGCAGUUGGCACCACAGAUCCUAAAGUCCAGCUGUGUGAUCUGAAGUCUGGCUCACGCAUCCAUGUCCUGCAAGGUCACAGAGGAGAGGUUCUCUCGGUCCGAUGGUCUACACGCUACGAGCACAUUCUGGCCACAGCUGGCACUGACAGCAGGGUGCGUGUGUGGGACGUGCGACGAGCAUCUGGAAGCCUCUUCAGUUUGGAUCAGCACAACGGGGACGAGUCUAGGACAUCCUCUGAGACAGUGAACACGGCCCACGACGGGCGUGUGAACGGCUUGUGCUUCAGCCACGAUGGCCUUUACCUCAUCAGCACUGGCACGGACAACCGCAUGCGGCUAUGGAACAGUGCCACGGGACAGAACACACUGGUAAACUACGGGAAGGUGACAAACGAGAGCCGUAAAGGUGUCAAGUUCACCGUGUCGAGAGGCUGCGGCCCAGAGCUUGUGUUCGUGCCGUGUGGCAGCUCUGUUGCCGUGUACAGCCUUCACACAGGAGAGCUAGUUACUAUGCUGAGAGGACACUACAAUAACGUAGACUGCUGCGAGUUCCACCCUGACUAUCAGGAGCUCUACAGUGGUGGGAAGGACUGUAACAUCUUGGCAUGGGUCCCUGUUCUGCGUCAGCCUGACAUUGAGGAUGAAGGGGUCGGCUGUACAAGGGGUGGGGCCCGAGAUGCUGUAAAUCCUGCAUUUGAAGAUGCCUGGAGCAGUGAUGAAGACUGAAUGAGUCAAUACCAGAUUGAACACAACAUUAAUGAAUGUUGAUGUAUGAUGCAGCUUUGUGCCUUAGAGCCAUCAUAUGCCACAAAUGAAUGUACUAUGACACCGUCUUUUUGGGGAAUUUAUGUUAUGCAUAUAUCUGCAUAUUCCACAUCAUGAGUGUCUAGCCCAUCUGCUGGUGUCUAAUCUUCAAAAGAUGUUAUUAGCUCUUACAUCACACCCCUGGAUUAGAUCAGUGUUAUGUAAAAUAUUUGGAGAUUAUGAUGAAACUGAACACUUGAAUGGUGGUUAGCAAAGUUGGUCACGUUUCUCCGUGUGAAUAUAUGGGUGUGGUCAAGAACUGAUGAUCUCCUUCAUUUGCAUGGAGCUGCCAGGUGACAUGACCACAUUUUCAAGUUCUGAUUUGCCUUUGACCUAAAUAGAAAAAUCAUGCCAGCAAUUAUUUUAAAUGUUUACUUAAGAGUUCCUUACAAUUUUAAUACACAAAUUAUGUACACAAAUACCACUGCUGUAGAAGUUUGCAGUUUUGUUUUUCACUAUAUGGAAUAAUGCAAAUAAAUUGAAUCAUUUUUGUUUGAA